AUUUGAAUCGAGCAACUUAUUUAAUCUUCCGGGUAAAUAAGGUUUUUUAUUAGUAGAUCACGGUGUCUAAAAGAGUGACAAUGGAAUUAAGUAAAGAACAGAACGAAUUAAUUGACGAAGUCGCGAAAGAAAAUGGUUUCAGUGAUUACCAAGUGAUUGCAAAUGCAGGAUCAUCAAAAGGUGACAAUUUUUUAGGAGUAAUAAAUACUAUCACAAUUAAAAGUGGUGACAAAACAUUGGACCUAAUUUUAAAAUCAGCACAAACAAGUGAAGCUUUUAGAAAAGCCGCUCCAGUUCACGAAAUUUAUGGGCGAGAAAUAUAUUUGUAUAACCGUGUUUUUGAGGAGUUUAAAAAAUUUGAAGAAGAACGUAACAUAAAAGAUCCGUUUAUCAGCAGGCCAAAAGCAUAUCUGUGUUCUUCAAAAAAUGGACACGAAUCACUGCUAAUGGAAAACCUUAAAUCAACAGGCUAUAAACUUUGGAAUAAGAAAAAUCCAAUGAAUCCUGGACACAUAAAAGCGGUUCUAAAAGAAUAUGCGAAAUUCCACGCUAUAUCUUUGGCCAUAAAAGACAAAUCUCCUGAACAAUUUAGUAACCUUUCCUCCAAAAUUUAUAAGGACGUUUUUGACGAAAGUGCUGCCUUUAAAAGUGAUGAAACAUUACAACAAUUUAUAACGUCUGUGGUAAAUAACGCAUACGAAGCAUUAGCAGGUGAUCCAGAACUUACAGAUGUUGUAAAAAAUCUUGAAGGUAAAAUUCUUGAUAUUUAUAGAAAUGAAAUCAAUAAAGAAAAAUAUAAAUUGGUUAUCACUCAUGGAGAUUGCUGGUGUAAUAAUUUUUUAUUUAAAUAUGAGGAUUCUGAAAAUAUUGAAAAACCUUCUAGUCUUCGCAUAAUUGAUUGGCAAAUAUCUUCAGUCUCGUCACCAGCAGAUGAUGUAACUUCCUUCUUCCUAGCUAACAGUCCCAAGGAAGUAUUGGAUGACUACAAAACAUAUAUGAAAUUAUACCAUGACGCUCUCUCUACACAACUCCUCAAUUUUGGUUGUGAUCCACAAAAUCUUUUUCCAUAUUCAAUGUUCGAAGAACACUUAACAACUCUAUUUGCAUUAGGUGCUUAUAGGUGUUUCAUGUACGUUAAAGUAAUGGUUUCUGAAUCCGAGGAAGCUCCAGAUCUGGCAGAAAUUUCUGAAAAAAAUGGAGAUAUUAUAAACAGCAUGAAUUUUAGUGUUAAAAAUAUGGCUGAAUAUAAAAGGAGAAUAAAAGAUGUUCUUUUAUUUAUUAAAAAUAAUAACUAUCAAUAAAUAAAAUUUGUUAAUUUAAAAUAAUUUAUUACUGACAAUAUAUCUUUGUUGUUUA